CUCGGCCGUCGAGAUGGACGAGGACAUUUUGACUACGCUGAAGAUACUCAUCAUCGGCGAGAGCGGCGUCGGCAAGUCCAGCCUCCUGUUACGAUUCACAGAUGAUACAUUUGAUCCAGAACUUGCAGCAACAAUUGGUGUUGACUUCAAAGUGAAAACAAUCUCAGUUGAUGGAAAUAAGGCGAAGUUGGCAAUCUGGGACACAGCUGGUCAGGAACGGUUUAGAACGCUCACACCAAGUUAUUACAGAGGAGCACAGGGUGUUAUAUUAGUUUAUGACGUCACGAGAAGAGACACUUUUGCUAAACUAGACAACUGGCUCACUGAAUUGGAAACAUAUUGCACAAGAAACGAUAUAGUUAAGAUGUUAGUUGGAAAUAAAAUUGAUAAGGAAAACAGGGAAGUUGACAGAAAUGAAGGACUCAAGUUUGCGCGGAAACAUUCCAUGUUGUUCAUCGAGGCAAGUGCAAAAACAUGUGACGGUGUACAGUGUGCCUUCGAAGAACUUGUUGAGAAAAUCAUUCAGACUCCUGGACUGUGGGAAAGUGAGAGUCAAAACAGAGGCGUAAAGUUGUCAAACAAUGAAGAAGGUUAUCGAGGAGGUGGCUGCGGGGGCUACUGUUCUAUGUUAUAAAUUCCUGAAGACUUGUCUGUUGGCUUAUUUAAAUGAAUAGUGAUGUCCUUUGUACAUAAACUCAUAUCUGCUAUUUUAGGGACUUUGCAGUUUGCACAUAUUUGUUAUGUCAUGGCAGUGAACAUUUUUUUUUAAAGGAAAAUGUGUUCUGCAGCUUUUCCAGUUGAGAAGUGUUAUGGUAAGCAUGCCUCAUUUGCAACUUCCAGGUUCUUUUAUACGUAGCAUAAGGUUUCCUUUGUGGGAACAAACUCACUCAAAUUCAGUGACCUUAAUUAUCAUGGAACGACUUAGGAAAGCUAUCUCAAAUACAUUUUUUGGCUGCAUCCUGCCUGACUUUGGUCUUUAACUCUGACCUAUAGCACUACUACAGACACAUCUCUGAAGUGGUUCAAGU